AUGGACCCUAACCAUCCUUCUAACACCCCCCUUGUCCCCGGUCAUGUCACUCCUCCCAACCAACCCAUUCUCCUACGAACUGUUAGCCUGUCUCCGUUAAUUAACGGUGCCUAUUCCAUUCCCCAGUUCCAGCCCCGUCCCCAGUUCGUGCCUCAGUCCCAGCUGCAAACGCCUACUUCUCAGCCGCCGCUGCCUACAAUAAUCGACCCUCCUUACCACAGCCGCAUGGCUGUUGGUGCGGCAGAUCUCGAGGCUCCUAGAUCUGAGGUUCCUCCGACGAACAUCUCUCCGCUUUCUCUGCUGGCAAAUGCAUCUGCUUCCAGCGCUGCUUCGGCUCCUCAGCCUCAGAAGCGAGGCCGUGGACGCCCUCCAAAGGCUAGGCCCGAACCCAUCGAUGCUCAACCCAUCUCUGUGUCCUACGGACAGUCAAGCCGUGGCCAGCAACCCGAGUUGCCUGUAACCAGUCCGAGACAGUUGGUUGGGGAGCCGACAAACAGAGGACCUGGUCGUCCAAGGAGGGACGGAUCUGUUCCUAACGCUCCAACUGCGGGUGCGGUUCUAGCCCUUGAAGCUCCGAGUGUGGCUGCAAGGAUGGAACGAGGGAGGAAGCGUGGACCUGGACGUCCAUCUAAGAUCAGAAGGAACAGACCUAGAAAGAGUGCAACACCAAUGUCCAUCUGGGAAGUUACUGGGACACAGGACUCGGCCGUUGGAGAACUCAAGAGAAAGCUUGACUUAGCUUGCGAGAAAGCAAAAGCAAUCUUGGAAGUGCUGAAGGCUGGUAUUGGGAGCGACCAUGUUACAACAAUGUCGCAAGUUAGACCGGCGUUGGAAGGACUAAUACCAAUUUUGACCGUGGAGCCACAUGGCGUGGGACAAGGGCAGCCACACGCUGUGGAAGAGGUGGAUGCACGAGCCGUGGAACAGCCAGAAGCCAUGGAAGAAGUGCAGCCAGAGGAGGCAAUGGAUGAAGCCCAGAUCUGAUUUCUGAAGAAUAAUGGUCCGAGAAAGACAGCCUAGACAUAGCCUUGGUGUUUAUGGUUAGGAGUGUUCUUUUUUUUUUUUUUAAUGUUGUUGCAUCUAUCUUUAUUUAAAACUCAUUUGCAUUUUUAUUUUAAUAGUUUGGUAUAGAAGAAACAAAAGACAUUAUGUUGUUGUGUUUCCAACUAACCAAACAGUAAGAGGUUGUUGUAAUUUUAGAGGGAUAUUUCCAGUUUGGAUGUUUUCUCUUUUAUAUCAAUCUAAGAGCAUCCACACCAAU